UGAAAUGUGAAGGGUCUAGCUUGGGUCUAGCAACUGGUUCUCGAAUAUUGUGACUGGCGGUAUAAAACUCGAGCAGUAGACGGCGAGCUUGCAUUAAGCCACACGCGAGUUCAUCUUAUACGAAUUCGUUACGAAUUACAUUCCUCUCAAGCAGCAAUGCCAUCACUCAAUGUAUCCCACAAGCUCUCUUCCCCACGCAAAAACAAAACCCAUACGGCUGCUUCCCCAUACAAGAGCUCGGGCCCCUCCCGCCCACGCAGGCUUCCACUAAGUUCACUACGCCUGCGCCCAAUACCUAACUCAUACUGGGCAACUCCACUGCUACUCGCAUGCGAGUACCCCUGGUCUCCAUUUGAAACAUCCACCCAGAAACUUGACAAGCUUCUCGCCGCUGGCGUUCGCACCUUCAUCGACCUCACUGAGCCUGAAGAACUCAUACCCUACAAGCCCCACCUCUCAAGGCACAUAAGUGCCGCUGGCCUCGAUGCGACUACCAUCCACUACCACCAGUUCCCUAUCCCUGAUCGUUCGCUACCUCACAAGCCAACAUAUUUCAUGCGUCUAGUGCUGGAUGUUCUCAGGGAAAAUGCAGAGCAAGGGCGCGUGUGUGCCGUGCAUUGCCGCGGUGGGAUUGGGAGGACCGGCCUAGUUAUUGGGUGCUGGCUCGUGGAGGCAGGAAUCGCAAGGGACGGCGAAGAAGCACUGAAGAUAAUAGAACGGGAGUGGCGGACCGUCGAGAAGUGCAAGCGCUUCCCGCACUCGCCAGAGACUGGCCCGCAGUUUGAGUUUGUGAGGAAUUUCACGAGUCCGGCGAUGGUGCGUGUAUAGAGAACCGUGACAGUGCGCGUGUUUUGCUUGCCUGCUGCAUACCUUUGUAUUCAUCCUCUCACGUCACACCUCACUGUAGCUAUUAUAUCCCUAUUCAUAUUUCCCUAAUCAUGGCCCUGGUUCCUAGUCUCAUACUAGCACGUGGCUGGCCACAUUUCUUCCCUCUGUCACAGUGCCGGUGAUGUGUAUGAUCACAGAUAAUGAAGGGUGCCACUGAGUGUACUCCAUCAUGCCACACCGUGACUUAGUACAUACAUCUAAGAUCUUCGGACUGCGCUUCAAGUAGAAGUUUGAUCACACAGGAUGUAUACCGUCAUGAAUGAAUUAGUAUUGAAAGAGUCUGCUCAUGUAUGGAAGCUGUUGAUAUGAAUGAAGACCAAAUUACACCAGUGA